UGGUAACCGCAUGGUAACGCGCCGGUGUGAGGCUGAUUCCCGCUCUGGUGCUGUGAGUUGUCACCGUGUUCCUUUCACAGACACCGGACUCGUUACUACAGGCAGCGAUCACUCAUUCUCCUGAGUUUAAAUAGUUGGCUCCACUAUGAAGAUCGAGGAAGUAAAGAGCACCACGAAGACCCAGCGAAUCGCUACGCACAGCCAUGUGAAGGGCCUAGGCCUGGACGAGAGCGGCUUGGCCAAGCAGGCGGCCGCUGGGCUUGUGGGGCAGGAGAAUGCUAGGGAGGCAUGUGGUGUAAUAGUGGAGCUAAUCAAAAGCAAGAAAAUGGCUGGAAGAGCUGUGCUGUUGGCAGGACCUCCUGGAACUGGCAAGACCGCUUUGGCUCUGGCAAUUGCGCAGGAAUUGGGCUCUAAAGUACCGUUCUGUCCAAUGGUUGGCAGUGAGGUCUAUUCUACAGAGAUUAAGAAAACAGAGGUCCUAAUGGAGAAUUUCAGACGAGCUAUUGGUCUCCGUAUAAGAGAGACAAAAGAAGUCUAUGAGGGGGAAGUAACUGAGCUAACGCCUUGCGAGACGGAGAAUCCUAUGGGAGGCUAUGGCAAGACAAUCAGCCAUGUCAUUAUAGGCCUGAAAACUGCCAAAGGAACCAAGCAGCUGAAGCUGGAUCCCAGUAUCUAUGAGAGUUUGCAGAAGGAGCGGGUGGAAGUUGGAGAUGUGAUCUAUAUAGAAGCAAACAGCGGCGCAGUAAAGAGACAAGGCAGAUGUGAUACCUACGCCACUGAAUUUGAUCUGGAAGCAGAGGAGUAUGUUCCUUUGCCAAAGGGUGAUGUCCACAAGAAGAAAGAAGUGAUUCAGGACGUCACUCUGCACGAUCUGGAUGUGGCCAACGCAAGGCCGCAGGGUGGACAAGACAUACUGUCUAUGAUGGGGCAGUUAAUGAAACCAAAGAAAACCGAGAUCACAGACAAAUUGAGGGGGGAGAUCAAUAAAGUGGUGAACAAAUACAUUGACCAGGGCAUUGCGGAGCUGGUUCCUGGUGUGCUGUUUGUAGAUGAGGUGCACAUGCUGGAUAUUGAGUGUUUCACUUACCUGCACCGGGCCUUGGAGUCCACACUAGCUCCAAUUGUCAUCUUUGCCACCAACAGAGGCAACUGCCUUAUCAGGGGUACAGAAGACAUCUUGUCUCCCCACGGAAUACCUUUGGAUCUUUUAGACAGGGUGAUGAUCAUAAGGACCAUGCUGUAUACACCACUUGAAAUGAAGCAGAUCAUAAAAAUCAGAGCACAGACGGAGGGAAUAAACAUUAGCGAGGAAGCCUUGAAUCACUUGGGAGAAAUUGGCACCAAGACAACGUUAAGAUAUUCUGUGCAGCUUCUGACUCCGGCUAACCUACUUGCCAAAAUCAACGGAAAGGACAGUAUCGAAAAGGAGCACGUGGAAGAAAUCAAUGAACUUUUCUAUGAUGCCAAGUCCUCUGCCAAAAUCUUGGCUGAACAGCAAGAAAAGUAUAUGAAGUGAGUGAGUUCAGGUGAUCUUUUGUUAAACCUCAUGAAGCGGAAGCUAAGGUGUAAAUGCUCAACUGAACGGAAACUCCUCACACCAUCUCGUUGCGGCCCUACCAUGAGGACUGGGACAUUAAAACGGUAGAACGUGACAGUUUUCCAUUUGCUCUUGUUGAAUAGAAAAAUGACGACUUGGAUUAUUUAAACUGUGCUCUUUUUUUUUCUCCAAAAAAAAUAUAUUAAAAAAAUAAAAAGCCAAA